AUGUCGUCGGCCUCGCCCUCCAAGGAACCGGAAGUCGACCCCGAGGUUCAAUCGGGUGAAGAGCAAGACCAAAUGGACAAAGACCAACACGAUCCCUCUGCGCAUGGGCAGGGCGAGUUUGAAGUGAAGGAGCAAGAUCGGUGGCUUCCGAUUGCAAAUGUUGCUCGCAUUAUGAAGCUGGCUUUGCCUGAGAACGCAAAGAUCGCCAAGGAGGCCAAGGAAUGCAUGCAAGAGUGUGUGAGCGAGUUCAUCUCUUUUAUCACCAGCGAGGCAUCCGAGAAGUGCCAGCAAGAGAAGCGCAAGACAGUCAAUGGUGAAGAUAUCCUAUUCGCUAUGACAUCACUUGGAUUUGAAAACUAUGCCGAAGCGCUGAAGAUUUACCUUUCCAAGUACCGCGAGACCCAAUCUGCGCGUGGCGAGAAUCAGCCCCGACCCGGUAGCAGUGGAUAUGGCGCACCACCUGGGGCCGCCGCUCAAGGCCGCCCUACAGGCUUCCCAGAGGGUCCAGAAGGCGCUAACAGCAUUCUGAACGCCGGCUUAGAUCCAUCAGACCAAGAUGCCUCAGCAUAUGGGUAUCCUCCUAUGGUAGGCCAACCCCAUAACGGUGCAGGUGACUCGUAUUAA